CUCUGCGCGCGCUAUAGUAUACAUUAAAUUGAAAUAUCGAUAUAUAUAGAUGUCUCUUUUUGCCUUCUUCGCACCUCAAUUUUUACCCUUACACAUAUUCCGAAAUGGAGAAGAGCAGCGAAAAAGAUCUCUCCAAAACGCUACAAACCAAGCCACCAGAUGAUGUUGAUAUUUUCCCUGAUGGCGGCUUGAAAGCCUGGACUGUUGUCAUCGGUGGUUGGUGUUUACUUUUUGUAAGCUCAGGCUGGAUAAACUGUAUUGGCGUCUUUCAGACUUAUUAUGAGCAGAAUCAACUCAAAAAUUACUCGCCGUCGACAACUGCGUGGAUUUUGUCCCUCGAGACCUUUAUGAUGUUUGCUAAUGGUGCGGCUGUCGGAAAGUUCUAUGACAACUUCGGUCCUUUUUACGUUAUGCUUUUUGGUUCUAUUUUACACGUGUUUGGGGUGAUGAUGAUGUCACUCUCGUCGGAAUACUACCAGUUCAUUCUAGCACAGGGUAUUUGUAGCCCGCUAGGGGCGAGUUGUUUGUUCUAUGCAGCCAUCAAUGCGGCCAGCACAUGGUUUAAGAAACGUCGUGCCCUAGCCCUCGGCAUUGUUGUUAGUGGCUCCAGUGUCGGUGGCGUCAUCCUCCCGAUUUUCCUUCAGCGGCUCUUUGCAAAAGUCGGAUUCGCCUGGUCAGUACGAGCAGCUGGAUUUCUCAUGCUCGGCCUCUGUGUGAUUGCACAAGUGACGGUCAAAUCACGUCUUCCUCCAAAACCCAAGCCACUCAAUUUAGUGGAAUUCUUUCGACCCUUGAAAGAAGGCCCCUUCUUGAUGAUCACCUGUGGCGGAUUUUUCUUCUUCUGGGGUAUGUUUGUACCCUUCAACUACGUUAUAGCUGAAGCUCAAAAGAUUGGAAUGAAUGCCGAAGUGUCAAGCUAUCUCCUCGCCAUGCUCAAUGGUACCAGUCUGUUUGGAAGAAUCUUCUCCGGGUGGCUAGGAGACGAAUUUGGCCGCUUGAAUGUUACCAUUUUCAUGUCUUUCCUAGCCGGCAUUCUGACACUUGCUUUGUGGCUGCCUGCUAAAGGCAGUGCUCCGAUAAUCGCUUACGCGAUUCUUUACGGCUUCUCCUCGGGUGCCUACAUCUCGCUCGUGCCAGCAGUGAUUGCACAAAUUUCCCCAAUCCAAGAAAUUGGCGUCCGAUCGGGCUCCUUCUUCGCAUUGACCUCUCUGGCCACCCUCACUGGGAAUCCAAUCGCAGGGGCCAUCACAACGAGGCAAAAUGGCGCGUUUUCGGGUUUGCAAAUUUUUACUGGCGUCAUUUUGAUUGUCGGUAGCACUUUCUUUUUGCUCGGUAGAGUGUUGAUUGUUGGGUUUAAACCUCAAGUUGUGUAACAUUAACUGGUUAUUUGCUAUGUUACAAGCUCAAACAAUAUGCGUAAUAACCCUAGUGACUCCCAACAUUUAUUUAU